AUGAUUUUCAGUUCAAUGCAUCAAGCUUAUCGUUUUCUAUCAUCUCAAACAUAUUAUGAUGUAUUAGGAGUGAAAAAAUCAGCUAGUCCCAGUGAAAUUCGUUCAGCUUUUAUUGAACUAUCAAAAAAGUAUCAUCCAGAUAAAUAUCGUGGUGAUAGUGAAAUGUUCAAAAGGAUAAAUGAAGCUUAUUCUGUUUUAUCACAAGAGAAAACUAGACGGAUGUAUGAUGCCACUUUAACAUCAUCGUCUAGUGCUAAAUCAUCGCCGUAUUAUAGUCAACCAUGGAGUGAUUAUGACAGGACAACUGGGGCGUAUGAAUAUAUUUUACAUAGGCGUAGUAUGGAUUAUCGAAAACGAACAGUAAAUAAUAAAGAAGAUUUAAAGAUAACAAAAUUAAUUGUUAUUUCAUCAAUGCUAAUGGCAUUUUUCACCUAUGUGAUUUCUAUGUACACAUUUCUUCGGAACAGACGAUAUGCUGAUUGGCGUUUUCAAGCUUAUUUCGAACAAAAUAUGCCUAGGAAUCAUCAGUAAGUUUUGUUUUUUCAAUAGUGUCUUCCAUUUAAAUACUUUCAAGUCUUGUUUUUCUUAAAAAUCCUAAUGCCUCUCUGCCUUUAAUAAUAAUGCGUUUAGCUCAACUCUGAUACAGAGUGACAUCCUACACACCGUUUUCGACAUAGGCAAUUGGUUCUUUGUAACUUGUGAAAUUACAUUAUGAUUUUAUCUGUGUCUGAAUGCAUUUUGAGACAUAUUUCAUUAAAAAGAAGUAGUCAUUUGCAAAAAUAUAAACCGUUGUUUUUCCACUGUACUUUGGAGAUAUGCGUAUAUCUCGAAUUUUAGUAUUAUUAUUGUUUAUUAUUGUUCCCUUGGGUUCCU